CAGCGAAAAGAAUUCCAAUGAACCACUUUUACUCCUCUAGCUCCGCCCUUAGGCAGAACCAAAGUUGCAGAAGGAUAAGCCAGUUGGUAACUGAUGUUUACAAAGUUUUUGAGCUGUUUUUAUUGUUUGUUUCUGACUGCAGAAACUACCUGGAAACCAAAUUUAAAGACCAUAUAAUUUGAAAAUCGUCUCAAUAUGGCUUAGGUUUCAUCAGUAAUAUAAACUAAGUGCAUAAAGUCGAAAACAUAACAAUUUUUAAAGGAAAAAAGUUAUCUGUAUUCUCUUGUCAAUAUUGAAAGCUAAAACUGGAAAUUGUGUUGUUUCUUCUAUUGACACAAUAAACUUCUGAAGUAGUUUCCUAUAUUGACAAUUCCUUAUUCGUUUUAGCAACUCAUCGGUGACUUCAAUCUCGAUUCUUGUUUGAUAUGUCCCUUGUAUAGCUAUAAAAUCUUUAGUCCAUCAAGAAAUCAUUCAAACAAAUAAACGAAAACAGGAGAAAAAAUGGAAUCAGAAACUUCAAGUUGCAUAGUUCUGUUAGCUCUAGCAACAUCACUACUCAUUUUCCAAAUAGCAUCAGCUGGUGACCCUGACAUCCUAACAGACUUUGUGAUGCCACUCGAGGUUCCAUCAGUUGACGCUUCUUACUUCACCUUCUCGGGCCUAAGGGGACUCGUAGGAGCUCCACCACCCGAAAAAUUCAAGGUGACAAAGGCAGGCAUGACUGAAUUUCCAGCCCUGAACGGACAAAGCGUUUCCUAUGCAAUCCUACAGUAUCCUGCAAGCUCUGUCAACCCUGUCCACACUCAUCCACGUUCAGCCGAGCUACUUUUCCUCAUGUCAGGCACAUUGGAAGUAGGAUUCAUCGAUACCACGAACAAGAUUUACACUCAAACAUUGCAAACAGGAGACGUUUUCGUGUUCCCUAAAGGACUAGUACACUAUCAAUACAAUGCUGAUGCUGAAAAUUGUGCAUGGGGUAUAUCUGCCUUUGGAAGUGCAAAUGCAGGCACUGUUUCUAUUCCUAACUCAGUGUUCAAUACAAGCAUUCCUGAUAACACUUUGGCUAAAUCUUUCAAGACUGAUAUCAUUACUAUUCAGAAAAUCAAGGCAGGUCUAGCCUGA